UUGUUUUGUUUACAGAACCGUACACAGCUCGCUGGCAUACCUCAAGUCAAUUUUGUGGAUUUUUCGGACUUUUUGGUUCGUCGAAUCACAAUUAAAAAUGGUUUAGUCAAUUUCGAACGCAAAUAAAAUCAAACCAUCCAAAUAAAAGAAUAUGACUUUGGUUCAUCGAGCGCUGUUUACAUGGUUUAUAAUACUAGUGUUUUGCAUUUGCCUGUGUCUGCGACUGGAGAAUCGAACGCAGUGGAAUUAUUUCAUCGUUUUCAUACCGCUGUGGAUAUUCGAUGCGAUUCUAUUGAUUUAUGUGAUUAUAAAAAUUGUAACGAAAUGGCGAUUUUUGGAACGGCUCAAAGAACUCAUUCAUUUCUAUCAAUGGAACUUUGCUGUUGUUCUGCUGAAAAUUGCGGCCGAAAUUUGUAUAUGCUUGAAAAUUGAAUAUCCACACAUGAAUCUAUCAAUCUACACCGUAAUGAUACCGAUUUGGAUUUUGUUACCAUCAACAAUCAUCUAUGUAUUCAUAAAUCUCGUUAAAAAUGAAUAAUUCCAUUGAUAUUUUCAUCAAAUGAUGGCAAUUUACAAAACAUUAUUCAAUAGAUAACGAACCGAAAAUGCGAAUUAAAAUGAAAAUAAGCGACAAACAAAUAAAUAGGAACGAAAGUUGAAAGUUGG